UUCAUCAAGCACAAGCACAAACACUGAGCUCGAAAUCCUCGUCUCCUUCCGCCAAAUCCAAUGGAGACUACCCUCUCAUGGUCAUGGAGAUGCCUCUCCUUCUCUCCACCAUCCUUCUCCCUUCUCUUCCCCCCAUUGAGACCCAAUUCCCUUUGCUUCCCCACCUCCUCUCUCAGAUUGAUCCGAAGACGUAAGCUCUUCACCGUGCUCUGCUCAUUAUCCUCAACUCCUGGCGAUUAUGGCGGCUGGGACGAUCUUGAGCUUCCGGAAGAGAACAAUCAGUUAGAUCCUGUGCGUGAUUUCAUGGUUUCGAUCGGAAUUGGUGAUCAGAAGCACACUUCCAUCUUUUUGAUUGGGUUUGCUUCUGCUCUGUUGGUUUCCAGGCUUAGAUUGUCUCUGUUGGCGCUCUUCCCGAUCUCGGUUCUUGUUUUUGUUUCUGGGUUUUCGGCUGGAGUGGCUCAGGGUGGUUCAAUUCGACGGAUUGGGAGGAUUGUGGAUGCGAUUAGGGUUCCGGAAGAUAGGGUUAGGGAUUUGGGGUUGUUUUUCAGUGAUUUGGAUGGUAAGAUGGCUGAUUUGAGAGCUGGGGUGGAGACGGGGAAGAUGGAAGGUUGUUUGGAAGCUGUGGAGUAUGUGAGAUCCUUGAUUGUGAAUGCCAAGAAGGAUUUGGAGAAUUCUUUGGAAAUGGUGGAUGUUGGGAGGAAAUCAAAUCACAAGUCUAGUAAAAAAAAGGGGGAUUUUGGCGAGAUUGGGGAGAUUGGCUCCCAAUUCGUUCAGUUCCUUGGAGGUCUUUUUCAAGAAAGUGAGGAUUCAGUGAAGCAAUCAAUGAAGGCCAGUGAGAGUGCCAAAGGAGAUGUUGCUGGGAAAAUGAAGACAAUGGUGGAAAGAGAUGGGAUUCAAGAUAAGAGCUUGCAUUCUGUGCUGAAAAACAAUGUUGGUGGUUCUAUGGUUGAUGAAUCUGGAGAGCCAUUGGGGAGAUUGAAGAAGACUGCAUCUGAUUAUGCUAAGAACUUCAAGAAUUCUAAUAACAAUGAUAGUGAUUUCCGUGCUGAUGAUGAGAUGAAUCGAAAAGGGCGCUAUGGUUAUGGAGAAGGGGAUAAGUAUAGUAGCCAUAUGAUUUCGUAUGACGGGGAGGUUGAUCAUUUGAAUAGGAGUUCAAAAUUCUCGUCUAAGCGAGGUAGCUAUCGGAGAAUGUAUGUUCAGCAAAGGUAUGAGUCACAUACAUCGAAUAGCAGUAUUCAUGAUUUCACUGAUCAUGCUCUUCAUAAGAGGAAACCAGAGAGUGCUUAUGAUUUCUAUGGGAUGGAUUCUGAGGAAUUGUUGUUAUCUGAAGAGACUCUUGCACAUGGUAGAUCAGGCAAACCUUAUAAUGGAAUUAGAUCGAGAGAAGAGGCUGUUGAUCCAAGAAGCCAAUCUAUACCAGUAGAUCGCCUAUCCGCUUGUGAAACGGAAGAAGGUACAGAGUUUAAUCUACUUGUAAAGGAGGCUUCAGACCUUAUAAAACAAGCAAGUCAAUGCUUCAUGGGUCAAGCUGAUGAGGAAAGAGUGGAUUCCAUUUUGUAUAGAUCUGCAAGCUUAUUAUCUACAGCUGUUGCCAUAAAACCAAUGAGCUUACUUGCUGUUGGUCAGUUGGGGAACACGUACCUUCUUCACGGAGAGCUCAAACUGAAAUAUAGUCGAGAGUUGAGAACUAUAUUGGCUAGAAGUGAUGACUCGGAAGGACAUAGGUGGAGGUACAAGAAAUUGGAUGCUCCUGUCCAGAGUAGAGUGGAAGCUGCAUCUGUUCUUAUUGAUGUGUGUGAAGAGUGUGAAGAACUUCUCAUUGAAGCUGGAAGGAAGUAUAGAUCAGCCCUAUCAAUUGAUGGAAAUGAUGUGAGAGCUCUGUAUAAUUGGGGUCUUGCUCUUUCAUUCCGUGCUCAGUUGAUUGCGGACAUUGGACCGGAGGCAGCUUUUGAUGCUGACAGGGUAUACUUAGCAGCCAUUGACAAAUUUGAUGCAAUGGCUUCUAGAAGUAAUGCUUAUGCACCAGAUGCUUUGUUCAGAUGGGGCAUUGCAUUGCAGCAUCGUUCGCAUCUGCGUUCACAUAACACCAAAGAGAAGAUGAAGCUUUUGCAUCAGGCAAAGAGCUUAUUUGAGGAUGUACUUUCAGUUGAAUCAAGCAAUCAUCAAGUGAGAGAAGCUCUGAAGUCAUGUACAUCAGAACUCAACCGAAGGACCCGAUUUUAGUAGCUUCUGUCAUCAUGUCAAACAGAUUUAAUCCGAUUGUUCGUAUACUUCCUGAGUGCAAGUACCAGAAGAAGUCUGAGAAAUAGUGUACUGCUUCAAUUCUUGAAGACAAAUCUUCGCAAUUCUUCAAUUUAUACUGCGGCUCGAACUAAUAGGAGAACAUAAUCAAUAGUUGAUGGUUUUACUGAAACUUUUCCAAAAGGCCAAUUUCAUGGCUUGAAAAGGUUGGAGGAGAAUGUGUACCUCUCUGAUAAGAGAAAGAAGAUUGAUUCUGGUCGUUUAAGUGUUUUUUAAAACACCGGAAGUUUUGUUUUAUGUAAUUGGUCAUUAUUUUUCACUUGAAUGUAAUAAAAUUAGAACCUGCCAAUGCAGAAAUG